AUGGCGUCUUCGACCCCUUCCUCAUCCGCCGCCGCCUCGAACGCGGGAGCGGACCCCAAUACUAGCAACCUGCGCCCCACAACGUAUGACACCUGGUGCGGCGUGGCCCAUGGAUGCACCAGAAAACUGGGGCUCAAGAUCUGCGGCUUCUUGCAAAGGACCAACAGCCUGGAAGAGAAGAGCCGACUUGUGAGCGCCUUCAAGGAGAGGCAGUCCUCCAAGAACCUGCUCUCCUGUGAAAACAGUGACCGCGAUGCCCGUUUCCGGCGCACCGAGACCGACUUCUCCAACCUGUUUGCUCGAGAUCUGCUUCCAGCUAAGAACGGGGAGGAACAAACUGUGCAGUUUCUACUGGAGGUAGUGGACAUACUGCUCAACUACGUCCGCAAGACAUUUGACCGCUCCACCAAGGUGCUAGACUUUCAUCACCCACACCAGUUGCUGGAAGGCAUGGAGGGCUUCAACUUGGAGCUCUCCGACCACCCUGAGUCCCUGGAACAGAUUCUGGUCGACUGCAGAGACACCCUGAAGUAUGGGGUCCGCACAGGUCAUCCUCGCUUUUUCAACCAGCUCUCCACUGGAUUGGAUAUCAUUGGCUUAGCGGGCGAAUGGCUGACAUCCACUGCCAAUACCAAUAUGUUUACAUAUGAAAUUGCACCAGUGUUUGUCCUCAUGGAGCAAAUAACGCUUAAGAAGAUGAGAGAGAUAGUCGGAUGGACAAAUAAAGAUGGUGAUGGAAUAUUUUCUCCUGGAGGAGCCAUAUCCAACAUGUACAGCAUCAUGGCUGCUCGCUACAAGUACUUCCCGGAAAUCAAGACAAAGGGUAUGGCUGCUGUGCCCAAACUAGUCCUUUUCACCUCAGAACACAGUCACUAUUCCAUAAAGAAGGCUGGGUCUGCGCUUGGCUUUGGAAUGGACAAUGUGAUUUUGAUAAAGUGCAAUGAAAGGGGGAAGAUAAUUCCAACUGAUUUAGAAGCAAAAAUUAUUGAAGCCAAGCAAAAGGGGUACAUUCCUCUUUAUGUCAAUGCGACUGCUGGCACAACUGUUUAUGGAGCUUUUGAUCCGAUACAGGAUAUUGCAGAUAUAUGUGAGAAAUAUAACCUUUGGCUGCAUGUUGAUGCUGCCUGGGGCGGAGGGCUGCUCAUGUCCAGGAAGCAUCGCCAUAAACUCAGUGGCAUAGAAAGGGCCAACUCAGUCACCUGGAACCCUCACAAGAUGAUGGGCGUGCUGUUGCAGUGCUCCGCCAUUCUCAUUAAGGAAAAGGGUAUUCUCCAGGGGUGCAACCAGAUGUGCGCAGGAUAUCUCUUCCAGCCAGACAAGCAGUAUGAUGUCUCCUAUGACACUGGAGACAAGGCAAUUCAGUGUGGCCGCCACGUGGACAUCUUCAAGUUCUGGCUGAUGUGGAAAGCAAAGGGCACAGUGGGAUUUGAACAUCAGAUCAACAAAUGCCUGGAACUGGCUGAAUACCUCUAUGCCAAGAUUAAAAACAGAGAAGAAUUUGAGAUGGUUUUCAGUGGUGAGCCUGAACAUACAAAUGUCUGCUUCUGGUAUAUUCCACAAAGCCUUAGGGGCGUUCCAGAUAGCCCUGAACGACGGGAAAAGCUACACAGGGUGGCUCCGAAAAUCAAAGCUCUAAUGAUGGAGUCGGGCACGACCAUGGUUGGCUACCAGCCUCAGGGGGACAAGGCCAACUUCUUCCGGAUGGUCAUCUCAAACCCAGCUGCUACCCAGUCUGACAUUGACUUCCUCAUUGAGGAGAUAGAAAGAUUGGGCCAGGAUCUGUAAUCACCCUCAGAGAACAUGAGUUUAUGGGGAAGCCUCUUUCCCCUCUAGCACUCUAGAACAAACCUCUAUAAGUUGCUGAAACACAUAGUCCAUUUCAGUGAGGGAAAAUAUAAUAUCUUAAAGAAUACUGUUAAAACCUUACUUAAUCUCGUUUGUUAUAGCUAGCAGGAAGUACUGUUCUUUUUAAAAAGUUGCACAUUAGGAACACAGUAUAUAUGUACAGUUAUAUAUACCUCUCUCUACAAAUAUAUGUAUAGUGAGUGUG